AUGCCUUCUUCGGAAAGAGUAGAAAGCGAGGAGCCGAAGAGCAUGCCAGAUAAUGCUGACGUCGAUGGUGAGGACAUCGUCACUCCUUGGACAGUCGCCUCCUCCUCCGCCACCGGAGUCGAUUACGAUAAACUCAUAGAUCGUUUUGGCUGUAAGAAGAUCAGCCAGGAGCUGAUCGACAGAAUAGAAAAGGUGACCAAUCGACCCUGUCAUCACCUGUUAAAGCGGGGAAUGUUUUUUGCUCAUAGGGAAUUGGAUGAAAUACUGAAGCUACAUGAGACUGGCAAGCCGUUUUACUUGUAUACUGGACGUGGACCGAGUUCUUCGGCGAUGCAUCUCGGACACCUGAUUCCUUUUGUUUUCACCAAAUAUUUGCAGGAUGCAUUCAAUGUGCCCCUUGUUAUUCAGCUAACCGAUGACGAAAAAUUCCUUUGGAAAAAUCUCGACCUCCAGGAAACUCAUAGGUUAACGUACGAAAAUGCCAAAGAUAUUAUUGCUGUUGGGUUCGAUAUCGAAAAGACCUUCAUAUUUUCUGACUUCCAGUUCAUUGGUCAGUGUCCGGAAUUUUACCAGAAUAUGGUUCAGAUACAGCGGAAUGUAACGUUCAACCAGGUGCGCGGCAUCUUCGGCUUCACUGACUCGGACUGCAUUGGCAAAAUCGCUUUUCCCGCAACCGAAGCCGCCCCAUGUUUCAGUUCCAGCUUUCCGUUUAUUUUCAACUCCAGGACGGACAUACCAUGUCUGAUUCCAUGCGCGAUUGAUCAGGAUCCCUAUUUCCGCAUGGCGCGCGACGUGGCCGGAAAGUUGGGAUUCUGCAAACCUUCGUUAAUAUUUAGCACGUUCAUGCCAGCUCUACAGGGGGCUCAAACAAAGAUGUCUGCUAGUGAACCAAAUUCUUCCAUCUACUUGACGGACACCCCAAAACAAGUGAAAAAUAAGGUAAGUGGUAUUCGGUUUCGUUUAUCACAAAAAGAGUGAUU